GCAAACUCGGUCCUGCCUUCACUGCUAAGCCAUCUCUUUCUCAUCCUUUGCUCGGCCACCCCAUUGGUUAUUUCCUCCUUUCUUCCAGUUUACUGCAGGAGUCACGGGACUCGAAUGGAUUACCGAGUUGCUUAUUCCUGAACGUUCUAUUUCUCAGUUUCCAUAGAUGGCGCCUGGGACAUUGCUUGACCACAGUUCUGCCCGCACAGAAGUGUUUCCGCCACCGUUCAAGAAGGCCAAACUUUCGCCGACCUCGACUCUGAUACCGUCCGAGGACGCGGGCGAAGUGGAAGUGGCAAAAGCGGUGCCGACACAUCCUCUGCACAUCAGACCUGCGGGCAAUGCCUAUACUGCUUUGGAGAAUCUCAAGGCACAUUGCGGACUCUUCGCGAGGCUCCCGGAUGAGUUGCUGAGCCACAUUCUUGAGUCAUUCGAUGCCGACUCACUCACUCGUCUCGGGAGCACCUGUAAGGCCUUGUACGCUUUUACUCGGCUGGAUGAGUUAUGGAGAGCCUUGUUCAUCAAAUGUCCUCCUGAGCACUUUGAGUGGCGCGGUACAUGGCGGGCAACACACCUCAACAUCCCCAGAGAACUCGUGACUUCAAUCUGUUGCAAGAAUCUUUUUUCAGAUGUACUGUACAGACCAUUUCAAUGUGCCAAUACCCCUCUGGAGCCCUUUGUGGAGAACAUUCCCGCUCAGAACGCCAUCCCCAGACUGGAAGAUUUGACAUACGAGGAGUAUGCUGAAAACUGGACGAAUAAGCCUUUCAUCCUAACAUCGCCUGUGAAAGAGUGGCCUGUAUAUGGAUCCUGGACACCCCAGACCUUGCUGGAGAAGUACCCCGAUGUCAAAUUCCGAGCCGAAGCCGUCGACUGGCCAACCAGAAAGUACAUAGACUACAUGUACGACAACGCCGACGAAAGCCCCUUAUAUGUCUUUGACCGUGCCUUUGCCGAGAAGACAGGCAUCAAAGUCGGCCGUGAGGCCCCCGAUGCAGCAUACUGGCCGCCAGACUGUUUCGGCGAGGACCUCUUUGAUGUCCUAGGGGACCUAAGACCAGACUGUAGAUGGAUGAUUAUGGGCCCGAAGAGGAGUGGUUCGACCUUCCACAAGGACCCCAACGCCACGUGUGCGUGGAACGGUGUCUUGACCGGCUCGAAGUACUGGCUCAUGUUCCCGUCCUCGCCCUCGCUGCCCCCACCUCCUGGGGUCAUACUUUCCGAGGACCACUCGGAGAUCACAUCCCCACUUUCGAUCGCAGAGUAUCUGCUCACUUUCCAUGCUCUUGCUCGUCGGACUCCGGGUUGCCGUGAAGGCGUCUGCUACGCCGGCGAAGUGUUGCACGUCCCAUCUGGCUGGUUUCACCUGGUUCUGAAUCUCGAAGACAGUUUGGCUCUGACGCAGAACUUUGUGCCGAAGAAGCGUUUGUCUGAUGUUUUAGGGUUUUUGCGAGAUCAGAGGGACCAAGUGAGCGGCUUCAGAGAGGAUGUGUGCGACCGUGCAUACGAGCUGUUUGUUGAGAGGCUCAAAGAGGCACAUCCCCAUAUUUUAGAGCAGGGUCUGCAAGAAUUGGAGCGUAAGAGUAAGAAGGGUAGGGGUAGGUGGGAGGAGCUCACUAAGGCUGAUGAGGAGGAGUCCGGCGGCUUCAGCUUCGGGUUUGGAGGCGAUGACGAUGAUGCUGAAGUGCCUUGAGCACUUAAUACUCU